UACAUUUCUGAGAACUCUUAAUUAAGUGAUGAUACCUAGGACUUUCUCAUUAUAGUUAAGUCCCAAGAGGUGAUAAAGCAGAACCCUUUUGAGAAGCUGUUUUGUUUUCAGCAGCUCAGCACUCGAGCAAGCAGAAUUCUGUUAUAGACCAUCUCUGACCUGUUAUGGUGACACCAGUUGAUGAUUGUGUCAACAUAGUGGAUUAGGAAAACCCAGGUCUUCUUUGCUAAAGACUUCAUAAAAGUUUUCCAAAUGCCUGAUGACUCAAAGUGAAGCAGACGAUGCUUGAGCUCACGGACUUGCCGUUUACCAUGAAGCCAUCCACGGAUGUUCUUGAGAUCAUCACUUGCACCCCUCUAAUCCUUGUGAGCUUUGUUGGAAACAUUUGUUUAUUUUACUCUACAAGGAAAUGUAUCACUGGGCGUUUACAGACAUCCUUUCUUCUAAUUUUCAAUCUUGGAUCCGUCCACCUCAUUAAAAACUCGGUGGUGAAUGUCAUGAAAAUUGUUUAUUCUUCUGGUUUCAUAUUGGAUUCGGCCGGCUGCAAAGUUCUGUGCUUCACAGAGGCCCUGACGACGUCCCUGGCCAUCUGGUUCAUGUUACACUUUGCAUUGCUCUACCUCCGGAGGCUUUACCAGACCGUCCACCCCUUGAGUGAGACUCCAAACCCGGACUGUCAGGAGCAUCCCUUGAAGGUGGUUUCUGCACUUUGGAUGGCUGGAGUGGCAGUGUACAUCCCUGUAUUGCUUUAUGCUAGAAAAUCUGAAUACCUGCAUGCAGGAAAUGAUACAGACCCCUUGUCUACUAGCAGGAUUCACACAGACUGCCUAAUUGACUUUGGAAACAAGCAAGUAGAGUUUUACUAUGGGAACACGUUUUUAGUUCUGAUUGAUAUUCUUCCUUUAUCCAUCUUAGUCUUUGUCUGUUUCUGGAUGUCUUUUCUCCUUUUGGAAAGAAAGAAGAUGACAUAUGGUGACAUCUGGAUUGGAGAUGAUGAUUCAGAAACUGAAAUCCUUAGAGGAGCCAAGUUCAGUAUUUUAUUAAUGUGGCUGAUCACUCCACUCUGGAUUUCUCACUUUAUCUUAGUCUAUUUCUUGAAGGACUUGGCAGCCUGUGUCUUUUUUCCAGCUGUUCUCACAGCCCUCUCUUCAGGCUUCUCUGCUCUCAGUCCUUUUCUGCUUAUGCUGGUAAAUUACAAAAUGAAGUUGGUGUCCUUCUGUGGUGCCCAAGAGAAAAAACCCACACCACAGCCUGCAAAUGGUGGUGUUUCUCCAAACGCUUAAUGACAAAAAAAAAAAAAA